AUAAGCAGUUUAUAUAAGUAGUUACAGACAAUACGAAGUACGCAAUUCUAAGUACAGCCACUAAACGAGUGAUGCGUCGAACGAGUUUAUGGAUAUUUCUCUCGGACGUUUCUGUUCGUUACACGUGCGUCGCGGAAGUUUGCAAAAAGACAUUCGAAAAAUGAAUCUGGUGGCGUUCGGACUCAUCUUGAUCUGCUGCAACGCCUGGGCGGCGAGGACAAAGAUUAAAGGCCUGUUACGCGAGGACAACCGGAUACAGGAUUUUUUCAAGAGGUUAAAAACUACAUUUAAGACUGGAAACGAGUCACUCGGAAUUCCGGUUCUCGAUCCAUUCCACGCGGACCGCCUACAGUUCAAUGUAGACGAGGACGUAGUAAAUUUCAGAGUGAACACGAAUUUUACGAAUAUCAAUGCAUACGGUUUCUCCGAGUAUGACGUUGUCAAUUCUACCGAGAAGAUGUUACCACCUAGUUUGAAUCUUCAUAUAUUGUGGCCAUUGUUAUCCUUAAAUGCUGAUUAUUCUAUGGAUGCUAAAUACAACUACUUCAACAUUUACGGCAAGGGUACGAUAAAAAUAUCCCUAGAAAACUUGGAUGUUGACGCGAAAAUGGAUUUAACAUUGACAGGCGGCCGAGCCGCACACGUGCGAGUAAAGGACAUAAAAUUUAAAAUUUCUACAAAAUCGCUGGAUUUUCAAAUGACAGGUCUUAUGGACGACGCUAAAUUUUCCGCAGCAGUGAGUGCUGCAAUUUCUGAUAUGGCACCUGACGUACUUAACAAUGACACGAUUCUAGACCUGUUCAAUCAUCAUGCCAAGAAGAUCCUUACUUAUUACUUAAGUACUAAAACAAUUUAUGAAUUAACGGAUAUAAUAUAUACUUAGCCCGGCAUUAAACUUUUCGUCAUACUGACGUCGUUAUUGUUUAGUCAGUCAUUUGUACCGUCACGAUGAAACCGACGAAACGAUAUAAAUAUAGAUAGGUUAUUAAAGAUAAGAAUAAAAUGAAUAUAUUCCGGUGAGAACAUGUACCAUGAAUGUAUCAAAAUGAACUAGAGUUUUGCUGAUUACAAAUUAGUAAAAAUUCAUUACCC